AUGAAUUUACCUAUACCUAAUGUAUUCAUUGCUUAUUCGACUAUUGAACUCAAAGCACCACCAUUGGUAUUAGGUAAUUAUUCAACUAUUCUAUGCAGUUCUGUCAAACGCUCAUCAUCUAUUGCACAAGAGAAUACAAUCGGAAUUCAAGCUAGUAGUACUAAUAUUGCUUUAUCAUCAAUUAGAUCUUUUGCAGUUGGUGUAGAGUUGUCAUCCAAUUGUAAUCAAAAGAGUUCAAUUGUGAGUUCCAGUUUUAUUUCCAAUAGCGUAUUCAAUAUUCGAAAUGUUUGUCCAUAUAAUAUUGAAGCACCUGAUAAUUGGUGGGGAUCUGGAAACAAUGCAGAUAUUCAAAAUAAAAUUUAUGACUAUUGGGAUAAUAUAAAUUCUGGUGAGGUGAUAUACUCUGGUGCUUCAAACGAAAAAUUGCAAGCUGAAGAUAGGUGUCCACCAUACAAUGUGUUCAUGAUUAUAGGAAAUUUUUCAAGAAAUGCCUAUGUUUAACAAAUACAAUACAGGCUAAAUUUACUUUCGAACUAUUUUUUAAAACUAAUAAUUACUAGUGAUCAUUGUUUUAUAUUUUAUGUUUUUCAUGUUUUAUUCUGUCUUGUUUUGGUUGGAAUUAAUUAAGUAUAUAGUGAAAUUUUUCAGUAAACAAAUGAACUCGUUCAAAUCUAGAGUAAUUAGACUUAUUGUUGCAAGUGCUUAUUUCUAAGAAUGACAGUGACAUAUGAUAAUGUCUAAUUCUGUUUUAAUGAAACUUUGCCAAAUAUCGUCGAAGACUCAGUUGAUAGAAUUCUUUUCAGCCAUUGUAUGAUUUGUAUUUUGCACGGAAAAUGAUAUGUAGAUGUGUUUUUUUAUAUGAGAAGAAACCAAACAAUCAUACGAUGUAUUUUGAAGAGCAUCUGAUUUAUAUAUUCAUCAGGUAUAUUUGGUUCUAUUACUGGGUAAUUCCAUGGGAAAUCUACCAUAAAAACACAAAGUGUUUUGAU